AUACAAUAUAUAAGACAGAUGCCGAUAAAAUAUUAUCAGAAGUAUACUUCUCUUAGGACCAGAAAGAUCUGUGCUUCGGAGGCGACAUGCAACUUUUGGUUCUAACGGCGUUUAUCGCCGCUUUCGGUACUAGCCAGCUCAGCCUCACCGCAGGAAACCAUAUGUGGCAGGUCGGGAAGCUCUAUCACUACGAUGUCAAAUCCCAUACCCUGGCUUACCAAGAAGAAGGCCCACGAACUGGAAGUGCGUUUAGAGCACGCUUCAUAAUCCGUGUUGUAGCUCCUGGCUAUUUACAAGCUAAACUUGAAAACCCUGAACACACUCUAAUACAUCAUGAGUUUCAAAACAAUAACGAACUCCCAAAAGACCUUACAUACCAACCUGUACCAAACCUGGAUCAACAUUUCGAGUUCUUGGUUGUUGAGGGUCGUGUCAAGUCUCUCAAUCUGCCUUCAACUUUGCCUCUUUCCCGCGAGAACUUACUCAAAGGUCUGCUCAGUGCUCUGCAAGUCGAUUUCUCUACCUAUAGAUACAUACGUAGCUCUCAUAACAGCUACGACAAAGACACCGAUCAAGGACUAUUCAAGAAGAUGGAAACUGAUGUUACGGGUGAUUGUGAAACUCUCUACAGUGUCUCUCCAGUAGCAUCUGAAUGGCGUCGUGAGAUCCCCCAUUUUGCAUCUGCUGAUGAACCAAUAGAGAUAACAAAGAGCAAGAAUUACCACCACUGUCACCACAGAGUUGACUACCACUUUGGAGUUCCAGAGGGGGCUGAAUGGACUGGUACAGCCCAUAAAUCACACGAAGAACAAUUCAUAAGUCGCAGCACAGUGUCUCGUAUUCUUAUGGGUAAACAGGGCCCUAUGUAUAAAUCUGAAACCACCAGUAUCGUUCAUGUACACCCUCAUUUGUAUGGCAAGCAAAAAGCUCGGGUACACAGUCAGGUCACUUUAAAACUGGUCUCUUAUGAACAAGAUAAUGAAGAAGUUUGGCCUAAAAUUGAAAGCGGUCGCUUUAUUGAGAAUUUAUUAUACUCUAUAUCAUCUAAACAAAUAACUAUUAGUGACAGUUCAUCCUCAUCUUCUUCAGAGUCUAAAGAAAUGAAUUCUCAAGUUGAGAAUGCUCAAAAUAGAAUGCGUCGUUCUUUAAGCAAAUCUUUUCACAUUGACAAGAUGAUUGUAAAUCAGAACAAUGAAGCUAGUUCUUCUAGUUCAUCUAUGUCUUCUAGCUCCAGUGAACAAGACUCUUUCAUAAAUGAUGACAUUCCUAAAAUUAAUGAACCUGCAUAUGCUGCAUUAUACAUGACACCUCAAAACCGUGUUGACAAAAAACAGAGCAUAAUGAAUGCUCAAAAACUUGUACAGGAUAUUGCUCAACAAUUACAGCAUCCUAAUAAUAUGCCUAAAGCAGAUGCACUUUCGAAAUUCGGUAUUCUCGUCCAUAUCUUAGCUUCUAUGAGUUUAGAACAAUUAACUCAGACUAGCAAAAACUUUGAAAUCGCUAUAUCUUCCAACAACAAUAUUAAAUCUGAUAUGUGGAUGGUUUACCGUGAUGCUGUAGCCCAAACUGGUACUUUACCUGCAUUCCAACAAAUUAAAGUCUGGAUUCAGACUAAAAAAUUACAAGAAGAGGAAGCAGCACAAGUGAUCGCAAGUCUUGCUGGCACAUUGCGGUAUCCCACUAAGGACCUUAUGUUGCAGUUCUUCGAUUUUGCUAUGAGCGAUGAAGUGAGACAACAGAAACAUCUCAAUGACACAGCUUUAAUUGUUGCUACUAGAUUUAUUAAUAGAGGACAUGUCAAUAAUGAUACUGCUCAUAACUUCUAUCCUACUCACAUGUAUGGCCGUUUCUGUAGUCGACAUGAUCCAUUUGUAGUCGAGAAGGUACUUCCCCGUCUUUCUCAAGAAUUUAAAAACGCUGUGGAACAGGAGGAUAGUAGAAAGGCUCAGGUAUACCUGAAGGCAAUUGGCAACCUAGGGCAUCGUUCCGUUUUAGAAGUAUUCGCUCCUUACUUGGAAGGCAAAAUCCCUGUAUCUACAUACCUUCGCCGUGAAAUAAUCGAGCAUUUGGAUGUACUCUCAUACCAGAAAUGUCACUACACACGUGAGGUUUUAUACAAAAUCUUGAGAAAUACCGCUGAACCUUAUGAAGUGAGAGUUGCUGCUAUACAUAACAUUAUGAUAUCCAACCCAACAACUUCGAUGAUGAUGGCUAUGGCUAAAAUGACUCAUGAUGAUCCCAGUAUUCAUGUUCGUGCAUCUUUAAAAACAGCUAUUGAAUCUGCUUCUAAAUUGAAGAAUAUUCGGUAUUUAGACCUAGCAAGAACAGCGAAAGCUGCAAUGGGGAUGGUGACGAAGGAAGAAUUUGGACAUCAGUACUCUAAAAAGAAACUCGAUGACUAUUAUGAUAAAGAAUAUGAGAUGGGUAUCUUGAAAGACUUGUCUACCAUUGGAAGUCAUGGCAGCUUAGCGCCUAAUUAUGUGAAAUACUCUAUAAAGAGUAAAUCAAAAGGCUGGAACAGCAAUAAUCAGAUUUCAGCUUCAUUCUCAAACGUAGAUCAGUUUAUUGAUUACUUUAAAUAUCUUUUUAGUCAAAUGUAUAGAAAACAAGAAAUGUCACAAGACCCUAACCACAAAUAUUCAGCUGAGAAAAUCUCUGAAAUGCUGAAUAUCAAAUACAAUGACUUCAAAUCUAUGGAAGCUGCUUUUUAUUUAGAGAUACUGAACCAACAAAGGUUGUUCACUUUCAGUGAAUCAGAUAUAAAACAACUACCUAAAUUUAUAUCACAGUACUUCUCCAACCUUAAUAAGGGCAUUGAGCAACAUUAUACGAAGAUUUUUAACCAGCAACAAGUAGCUGUGAUGUUCCCGGUGGCUAUGGGUGUACCAUUUAUCUUUAAAUAUAAAGAACCUACAGUUGUUCAUAUUCAGGGCAAACUUAAAGGUCAACACAAAGAGGGCAAAGUGUUCGUUAAGAAAGAGAUACACCUGACAUAUGCAAGAAACCUUGACGGGAGUGUUGGUUUUCUGGAUACUAUUUCUAAUCAAUAUCCUUGUACAGGUGUAGUCAAUAAAUUGCAAGUAAAUGUCCCCUUGAAGUUGCACUUAGGCAUGAAUUUACAAGAGGUACAACUCAGCUUGGAACCCCUACAUCCCGAUCAAGACUAUAAUCUUCUCCAUUACAGCGUAUGGCCGUAUACCGCUAACCAAAAGAAAGAUAGUCUGAUUCCAGUUUCCCAGGAUACCACUACUAAAGUUAUCGAUCGUGAAUUCAAGACAUCAAGCAUUGACACUAAGUUUGGGCAAUCCGUUGGCAUGCAGUUCCAAUUCCAAGGAUACUCGUAUUCUUCAGAUUACAAGAACAUGAAAAGCAUGUGCAAUUGUCGUAAUUUGUUCGUGAACUUUGUUUCCGUACUCUCACAAAAGGAUGUGGCGCUAACACAUUACAACCUAAAAUACCUCGCUAAACAAAGCCAAAACAAACGAGUUACUUUUACUGCGGUCCACGAUACAUUCUACAAUCAAAAACAAAACACGAAACAGGAAUAUACGGUAUCUGAUGUGGAAGACGUCAAACCAAACAGUGAAAGUCGCCGUAAAGAAAUGCUCAAUCGCGUCGUUCCAGAUAUCAACACUGCAAAAGUUAUAGUCGUUGAUUUAAGUGUCACCUUUGAGGGUACGCAACAAAUAGAAUACGUUUUUACAUCUGCAACGGCCAAAAGUCCGAUUGACCAUAAAAUUCACUUUACAUUCUUUGCUGGUAGAAAUUCUCCACAACAUGGAAACCACCAAGUAAAUGGUAUAGGCAUGCUCAUAAAGCCAGAAAUGUCUUUCUUAAACUUCUUUAAGGCUUUCGAUAAAGAGAUAAAGGCGGUAUUUGCUUUUGACGUGAAGUACGGUCAAAAUGGAAGCAUUAAUGUCAAAGGAUUCUCAGAGCGCAGCAAAAAAUAUGAAGAGUUACUUAAAAAUCAUCCCUUGGCUAAGGUGUGCAAAGAUCAGAUGUCUCUGAACAAUUACUAUCAAGAAGCUUGCCACAAAAUGAUCGUGUUAGCUCACGCACCUGAUUUCAUGAAGGCGUCAGUCACAUAUAAGGAAAUUAGUCCUCGAGUCAGAGGAUUAUUGAGCCAAGCUUACAAAAUGUUAGAAUAUUUAGUUUACUUAAGAUCAGAAACAAACCCAAUGAAGGUCACACCUGAUGGGAAAGUAGAGAUUGCUGCUCAAAUUUCCUAUUUUCAACGAUCUAUGGAUCUGGUUAUAAAUUCGAGAAUGGGUGAACUGCACAUUAAAGAUCUUCCUAUGCCAGAAGCGUCGGCUAAUGCUCUUGCUUUGUACACACCUUUCAAAUCGAAUCAGCGUGUAAACAACUAUUACACAAGUCAUCAGUAUUUGCCUUACUGCACUGUGGACGAGAGCAAAAUUAAAACCUUCAGCAACCGUGCCUACGAUUAUAAACUGAGCAAGUCCUGGCACGUUGUGAUGCUGAACAUGCCUAGUGAACCUGAGUCCCACAAAGACAAACUGGUUGUCCUUAGCAGAAGACCGACUGAAAAGCAACAAGAAAUAUAUAUUUCUUACAGGCCAAAAACUAGCAGUCUGCACUUGGAGGUCGAAAUACAGCCACCAAAGGAUGGUUUGAACAAGUACACCGUAAAAGUCAACACCAAUUCCAAGAAGAUCUCCGAAGGUGACCUCACCAUCUACUGGGAUGAUGUCAAGGAAAUCCCUCUUCUUCAGUACUAUACUUACUCUGAUGGUGUCCUGGUUCUGGACAUAAAGGAAGAGCGUCUCCGCCUUAUGUACGAUGGUCAAAGACUUGUACUCUUGUCAAAGAAAGACCGAAAGACCAAUAGAGGCAUUUGUGGACGAAUGACCGGAGCACCGCGUUUCGAUUACCUCACUCCAUUUGGACUUGUCGACUUGCCUGAACAUUACGGCGCUGCCUUCUCCCUAGAUGAUGAAAAUGCUGAUCCAAAAACGAAAGAAUUGCUGGAACAGGCCAAGAAAGUUGCUUACCAAGUGAAAUAUCAGUAUACAACAAUUUUGAAUUCUAGCGUUGAAUGGAUGAACACCAUGCAGUUAAGUUCAUCAUCAUCAUCAUCUUCCUCGUCUGAGGAUAAAUCUAGUACGCACAAUGUAUACAGAUCGAGGAACUAUUCGAAACAGCGGGAGGAGUGCCAAUUGAAGGAACAGGUGCAAUAUUACGAGAAUCACGGUGAGAUCUGCAUAUCAAUCAAACCUAUCCAGUCCUGCCAACAGCACUGUAAUCCAAAACAGUAUACGGUCCAAUCUGUCGAGGUCAUUUGCAGGCCUAAGAUUGAUCAACAAUACAAGAUGUACAGAGACGAAAUACGCCGAGGUGGCAACCCUAAAGUGUCCGGGCUUUCUAAAUUAGUUCAAUACAGGGUACCUAGCGCGUGUACAGCGUAUUAAAUUAAGAAACAAAAAUCUUGGUAUGUUUUAAUGGCUUUCUGAAUAUUUUACAUAAUGUAAAUUUAAUUGUGUAUUAUAUACAUAUAGUAUUAUAAAGGAUAUUAUCAAAUUUAUGUAUUUAUAGUAUCAAGUAUAAUUAUUAGUUUUAUUAAUUAUGUAGUUUUAUACUAUGUGAAUAAUAUAUAUAUAUAUAUAUAUAUAUAUAUAUAUAUAUAUAUAUAUAUAUAUAUAUAUAUAUUUAUAUAUAUAUUUAUAUAUACACGAGUAUAUAUAUAUUUAUUUAUUAUCAUAUGUUUAAUGUAUAGAAUAUAUUUAAUUACACAUAUAUAUAGUUAUAUAUCAUGUCUAUAUAUGUAUUUAUAUUGUAUUUAAUUAUAUUUUUAUAUUAUCAAUAUGUAUAUAUUAUAUAUGUAUAUAUUAUAUAUUUAUAUUAUUAUAAUCUCAGGUUUAGAAUAGAGCAAAAGGCAUAAUGAAAAGUAAAAAAAAUAAUAAUAAUAAAAUUACGUUUAUCGUAAGUAUAGAUAUAAAAUUAAAUAGUUUUAUUUC